AUGAAUACCAAUUUUGCUACUCCUAUAAUACCCCACAACCCUUAUCAAGAGGAAGAUGACUAUAGUGACGAUGAAGACCAAAGUAAUAGUGAUGACGACGACGAAACAGCUUUUAAUCAACUCUAUUCUCGCAACCAAUCCUUUGCAUCUUCUUCGGUGGCACCAGAAAUUAGUCAUGAACGACUUGAAUGGCAACAGAUGCUUCAGUCAGUUCUGUUAGGCGAAGUCAUCAAGUCCGAAAAAAAACGUUUAUCGAGCACAGACAAAUUUACAAAAGAAAAGCCUACACAAGAGAUUUGGUUAUCCAUUAGAGCCAUUUUGCGAGGUCGCAACGAAAUACAGGAACAAAAAUCUUUAGAUGACAGUCGUAAAGAAAUCGAUGGUGUCCUAAAGAUGGUUAUGGACUUUAAAAUUAAUAAAGACGAAAGUGGUUCAGCUUUACAAAAGGUAGCUGAAGUGCUAAAGAAUGUUGAUCGAAUCGAAUCACUCUAUACAACACGUGCUGAAAUGAUUUUAGCUCAUCCGCAGUAUGGUUCUCUUGAAUUUCAAACUCGUUUAGAUGCUCUUAAUUCAUGGUGUACCAUCACACGUAGUCUUAGCAUGCAAUACAAGAUCUUGAGAGACUGGACAGGUUCAGAGGAUUUGGAAAUUGCACGCAAAAAGCCCUCUGCAGAUGAUCUUACAGACGAGACAAAGAAUCACAAGGAAAAUAACGACAUCUCCUUUGUCGAACGGCUUUUAAAAGAGUCAGCACUUCAAGAUACCUUUGAUAAACGAACGCUGUCAGCUCUUAAUUCACUUCUUGUCAAGUCUAAGGAAACUAUGAUUCAUAAUUCAGCACAAUUUAAGGAGAUGAAUCUACCUUCUUUUAUUUCACAAUUACGUCAGUUAGCUUAUUUUCCUAUUUCGCUUGUAGAAGAAGCCUUAAAGCUUCGCUUGGAGUACAAAAGUCGAAUGCAAGAGCCACCAAAACAGAUGGUAGAUGCUAUGAUGGAAGAUUAUCGAGGGCUACUUUCUUUAGCUUGUCGAGUGAAACGUGAAUAUGAGGAAUUGACACAUUCAGCUCCUGGAUGGAAAUUAGACGAAGACGAACCUGUUGAUCAUAAUUAUGAUAAUGUCUUGAUGGAAUCAGUUCGAUUUUAUUUCAAGCUGAUUACCUGGAAAUUAAAUCUGGAAAAGGAGAACAAUUUAAGAGAAAAGGAAGUGAUGGAAAAGGAAUGGGCUUUCUUGCAAGAUACAGUCUGUCAGACAGUUGAUAAAGCAGAUUGGGAAUGUGCAGAACAAUUUUGUUCUUUGACAAAUCGUUUAUUAGCAGAUGUGAUGCAUGAUUAUAUAUCAAAAUUAAAAGUCCCGCCAGAAUCGGUGGAUGGAGGUAUUGAAAUAAAAUAUACAAAGUUAUUACACACUAUGCGUAUGAGAGCAAGAAAGCUACUUCAAUUUGCAAGAUUUUUUAUAAGUCAAUUCGAAAAUUCAGCAGAAUAUGUAGUAGAUACAGAGAAUAUGGAUAAAUUUAUUACAUGUCUAGUGGAAACGGGCCAUUUUUUAGUAUAUACUGGGGCAUUUGAAGAAGAUAGGAUUUAUGUAAUUGCAUCGCCAUCUUUAUACGGUCGAGAGGAUGUAAUUCGAACUUUGGUUCGAUCCUGUUUUGCACGUAAACAACAACCACCUUCUACACCCCUUUCACCAAAUGAUCUCAACAUACACGACUCAGAAUAUGAUGAUUAUAUUUUAAUCUUCUCUCCAUGGCAAAAUAUUAUGUGGACAGGAGAUGUUGUUGAAGUGCCUACUCCCUUUAUUCAUUUAGGAAUCAAAACUAGACGUGUAAGGUUGACAACGGGGGAUGCGCAACGAUUAGCUUCUGCUAAGGCUUCCUUCUGGAAUGCUGUACAACACUCGGGUAUUGAAAUUAUCCAAGAGCAUCGUGCUCAUAUUCCAAGAAUUAACAAAGAACUCUAUAAAAUCAAAAUGACUGUCUUUAAAUUGGCUGACUCUACCAUCUCAAGUGUGAGUACUAUUCGUGAUCAAACAAUGGGAUUAGGUUGUCAAGAACUGGUUGAAGAGUGUUUUAGUUUUGCAAGUGAUUUUGGUAUGCGAGCAUCCAAGUUCCUAGAAUUAGCUGUCCGACUUCAGUUAGAUCUUAAGCUUGUUCGAUUAGCAAUUGAUUGGAUUUGUUUCAUUACAGAUGACUGUAUCCCAUCAGAUCGAAAGACAUUCCGUUGGGCAGUAGCAGCCCUUGAAUUUGUUCAUCUCAUGACACGUGGCGUCAAUAUUCUUGCAUUAACAGAAAAUGAAUUUGCUACUCUUCAAAGCAAAGUUGCACGAUGUGUGGCGCUCCUGAUAUCUCACUUUGAUGUUCUUGGUACACGUUAUACGUACGAACUUCAACUCAAAGAAGAUCAACAACGUCGUCGUGGACUGACUGCUAAACGCAAUUCAUACUUGUCUACCAAAACAAGUACUGAAAAGGAUAAUAUUACAACAAGUUCUACAUUUGGAGCAGCCAACGAUGCAGCUAGUUCUGGCGGUGGUGGUGUUACUUAUACCCGUGAUAACUGGAUGCGUAAAAUAUCUGAAAUUGAAGCUAAACGUACAGAGAUUGAACAAGAACGUAAGAUAAUUGGUAAAAUCUUGGAUGACCAAAAACCUGAAGAUCAGUCUUUGGUCUUUUUGGCGCCUUCUUCAUCAAAUAUUUCAUUCAGCUGGCAGCAAGGUCGAUUCAUUGGAGCUGGUACUUUUGGUUCUGUCUAUUUAGCUAUUAAUUUGGAUACAUCAACGGUUAUGGCGGUCAAAGAGAUACGAUUCCCAGAUUCAAAUUCUUUAUCAGCUUUACACAAGUCAAUUAAAGAAGAAAUGAAGGUGAUGGAGAUGCUUCAUCAUCGAAAUAUUGUUCAAUAUUAUGGCAUGGAAGUGCAUCGCGAUCGUGUAUACAUAUUUAUGGAAUACUGUGAAAAUGGUAGUUUAGGUGCUCUUCUAGAUCAUGGUGGUCGUAUAGAAGAUGAACUUUAUAUUGUGGAUUAUGCAUACCAGUUACUAAGCGGACUUGCUUAUCUCCAUGAAAAUAACGUGGUUCAUCGUGAUAUUAAGCCAGAUAAUAUUUUGAUUGAUUAUCAGGGCCAAUUGAAAUUAACCGAUUUUGGUGCAUCAAAGAUUUUGGUACAAGGUCAAAAAACUAUGGGACGUACGACUAUGAAUCUGCAUGUUGGCAGUUUAGCGGGCACUCCUAUGUAUAUGGCGCCUGAAGUUAUUACGGGUAGUGAUACAGGACGUAAAGGGUCUAUGGAUAUUUGGUCUCUUGGAUGUUGUAUAGUUCAAAUGGCUACUGGACGUCGUCCCUGGAGUACAUUAGAAAAUGAAUGGUCAGUGAUGUAUCAUGUCGUUACUGGUCAUCCACCGCUUCCUGAUGCUUCACAACUGUCUAGUCAAGGUAUUGAUUUCUUAAAGAAAUGCUUUAUUCGUGACCCUAAUAAGCGACCUUCUGCCGAGGAAUUAUUAAAUCAUCCCUGGAUUACAAAUUACCUUGAAAGUUAUUAUUCAGAAGAAGCUCAGUUACCUCCAACUGAAGGACAAGAUGGCGUCGAAGAUGGUAUUGUGAGUGAUAAUCAAUGGAUUGACACAACAUCACCACAAGAACGAUCGAUUAUCGGAAACGAUAUGCCGCCUAUAAUGAGAUCAGUUGGUGGUAGCUCAGCACAUAACUCAUUAGAUCGUCCAUUAGUACGAAGUACGCCUAAUAGUUUAGCGAUUGAUGGUAUAGUGAGAAGUAUUCCAAAUGGUUUAGCAAUUGAAGGGAUGACGGCCAGUCUUGAAAAUGGUGCGCAGGCACAAGCUUAUUUCAAAAAUAUUGCGGCCCAGCAUGCGAAAGACGUUCAAUGGGAUACUAAUAGUAAUGCAUAA